AUGGGGGGCAAGAAAACAGACGAGCGAAAAGUCAAGGACAAGAAGCGUUCUUUUUUCAAGUCUAUAUUUGGUCACAACACCUCAUCAACGUCACCCUCACUCGCCAAUUCACCACCUGCUGAUUCUCCACUGUCACUUGGCCCCAAACCAACAUAUGGACAGCAACGGCCUCAGUCGUAUCAACCCGGUAAGCCGAAUAUCCGACGAACAGACGACUUUAAUGCUCCACCGCAAGACUCAGUAAGACCCGGUGCAUGGAACCCGCCACAGCAGCUCCUCAGCCAGCCUGAAAAAGGAGUCCACAAAUCUCGAAGCCAUGGGGAGCUAGCACCUUUCGGAGACAGCGGACGGGUGUCGCGGGGGCCUUCCACAAAGUCUGAGCCCCCUCCUGGGCUUAUGGAGAGCACCCGUCCACUUGGUUUGCCUGUUCUUGUGCAUUCUGGGAAAGACGAUUCUGGAGUGUCAUUAGAACUCUAUUUCGAGGAACAUUGUCCCUCUGUACCAUCACCACCGUCCUCCAGCCCCACAACUCCCAUCGCCAACACUCACACCCCUGUCCUCCGCAUCGCGGCCACCUCCUCCCGGUUGAACGGAAUACUCCGGAUCACAAACACUCGGAAAGACUUUGUAAGCUCACGCCUCAGUAUUGUUCUGUUUACAGGACAGGGUCGAACGGGCUUGAGUGUCAUGGACCCGGAGGCACCAUCUGCAGCUGGACUGCACACUCGACCGAUCGCGAGAAGUGCGGCAUAUGUUUGGAAAGAGCCGGUGCAAGUAGGAGUCGGAACUCACGACUUUCCGUUUACACUGCCACUGUCAACUGGCCUGCCACAAACAUUACAGACCUUCUCUCCCGGACAUGCGAACCGCCUUGACGUUAGUCAUGUGCUGUUUGUUAAACUCCGGCGUAGUGAGCAGCCUCAUAUGGUGUGCCGAACCGAUUUGGGAAUUCAGAGAUGUGCCCCAGAGGACCGUCGGGUCGUGAGUGAGCGGCGAAUGAGGACUGAGACAGGUGUCAUCGCUGACGGGCUCAUCAUGUUCCGAGCGGAAGCUGUAGAUAUCUGUGAUGUGGAUAAUCCUUUCAUGGAAGCGCACUUCCAAGCUACUCGAAGUAGUGCCCCCGAUAAUUGCGUCAUAAUAGAAGCAGUCGAGUGUCAGUGGAGGGAGAAGAUCUUUAUGCGGAGCAGCGGACCUGGAAAUUUUACGCGGCUAGACAGACCUCUCCAUACACCCCUUCGCCGUCACCUCUCUCAUAGUGCACCCGAUGCUCUAUUGCGUUUUACACCAUCGUUGAGUGUCCUGGUGCAACCCGAUGGAGACUUUGAUAGUAUCAAAGUUUCCCACGAGCUUACAUUUACCGUCGAUUACUUCACAACGCCAUUGGAUGUCGAGCCAAAGAAAGAGAUGGUAAUUUUGCCGGCGCGGUUCUUGGCGCUGUUUGGAAAGCCGACGGACACCUCUACUCCUGUGAACCACUUUUUGCGGGAAAGAUUAAACUCACAAGGAGCAUUGAUGGGCCCCCAGAUUCUUCCGGCUAGCGUGCAGGAUCAGACAUCCGGACGAAUUGACCUGGACAGAGGCAUGCAACAAUUGAGCAUUGCGCCCCCCGUUAGUCUGCCUCAACCUGCGAUGUCUCAGCCCGCGCCGAGGUCACAACCCGUGGCUGGGGAACGGUAUCGGUCACAGCAUUCGUUUCAAGCGACAGAAGCGGACGAGAUUACACUGUCAGAGGGAGACGUGGUGAUUAUCUGGGAAUCGUUCGACGAUGGAUGGGCGUCAGGACAAAACUUGACAACGGCGGCCUCUGGUUUCUUCCCCUUGAAUGCCUUAGGGGAGGAUGCGUGGAAGAAAUCGGAAGCAUUUGCUGCAGGCCUCCUUGCACCUCCCUUGGAGAAUGGUGGAAAGUUGACUGUAUGUCGACGAAAGACAUCCAAAUACUCCAAUCCGCUGAGACAGGCAGAUCUAUUUGGCGGAGCUGAGGCGAAUGCAGAGUAUGAAAGACUCAGAGCUGGGAAGCCAAGGGGUGGAUUGGAUUCCGGUGUAAGCCAAUUAGGAGAGAGCGCACAGAGAAACAAAAACGACCUCAUUGCCCCCAGUGCCGAAAUCCCAUCAUCGGGUGAACCUCUAGGUUUGCAAAUAUCAGUGCCCAGUAGCUCACAAGCCUAUUCUUCUGUUCCAUCAACAUUUUAUGAACCUCCUUAUCAACCCACACCUACCUAUUCGUCAUCAUCAACCCCGUAUGGCCAACAGAGCGCAGCGUACGCAGACCCUAUUCACCCAAGCACCCCCCCAAUUCUCGAUCCACGUUUACGACCCAUGUCUUCCAUCGCAGCGUUACCGCCCUGGGAUGCUGCCACCCGAACAGAUCCAGGUACUUCCAUUCCCCGGCAACGCCCUAGGACGCCGAAAGGUCCCCGAGGACCCGCACCUCUCCGAUCUUUCUCGCUUGACGAUAUGGAGGAAGACGGUAAAGAUGAGCAAAGCAAGCUGGAGUCAACGAUGCUGUCAUCCAGCAUACCUUCCUCUGGGUUUCCCAAUAGUGCGGCGAGUGUUGGCGGCAUGGGGAUCGCCGGAGACGUUCGACCAAAGUUUCAGGUCGUGCGAGGAUUUGUCCCGCAGCAAAAGGGGCAAGUGGAAGUACGUUAUGGAAAUGUGGUGGUAGUAGAGGAAUCAUAUGCCAAUGGCUGGUGCUUAGGAACGAAUCUUGCCACAGGUCAAAGAGGUCGAUUUCCUACUAGCGCUUUGGAUAUUCAGCCUCGAUCCUCUACUCCGCUUGCUCCCGUCAGUGACCCGUCAUACGGCGUAGGUUACGGGUAUGGUCAGAGCGGUAUGGGUUACUCAUAUACUCCUGCGUAUGUCGCACCGCAAAUACCGGGGGUCGCAGGAUAUGCAGGUGUGGGAACACCGCAACCAUCUGUAGGAGCAAGCAGACCAGUAGAGGGCAAUAGUCUUCAGCAACAGAUGAUGAAGAAAUUGGAUGAAGAUCUGUUGAAGGGUCAAAUUGACCCUAGAGACUACCUAGCAAGACGAGACGAAAUUAUGCGGAUGGGUAUGGCGCAUUAG